GUAGCAAACAAGGUAAACACUGGUGGCACAAGAACUGGUGGAAAAAACACAAUAAAUCUCUUAAAUUCCGAAGCAAUAAAUGGUUUGAAUACUGGUGGAACCAAUGUGAAUCUAAAGGUGCUGACUGGUGGACCAACUGGUACAAUAAAUACGCUAAGGAUCAUGAUGAUGGAAAAGACGUUGACCCAACAUUCCAACAUACUAAAGAAUGGUGGGGACACUGGUGGAAAAAAUAUGGAUGGAAAAAACAAUUCGCCAAAGAAGAUUGUGAUUCUAGUGAAUUUGUUGCAACCUAUAAAAAAGAAUCUUCCCAUAAAAAAUCCUCCCAUUCCCAUAAAGAAUCUUCCCAUAAAUCACUUGAAGAAUUAUGUUCUGAUGACAAAUGGUUUGAAUUCUGGUGGAACGAAUGUCAAUCCAAAGAAUCUUCAUGGUGGGACAACUGGUAUAAUAAAUACGCCAAGGAUAAUGAUGACGGUAAAGAUUUAGACUCUAGAUAUCAUCACACUGAAGAUUGGUGGAAAAAAUGGUGGAAAGAAUACGAAUCUCACACUGAUGACAAAUGGUUUGAAUCCUGGUGGAAUGAAUGUCAAUCCAAAGACUCUGCAUGGUGGAACAACUGGUACAACAAAUACGCCAAGGAUAAUGAUGAUGGUAAAGAUUUAGACGCUAAAUUCCAUCACACUGAAGGUUGGUGGAAGAAAUGGUGGAAAGAAUACGGCUAUAAGAAACACUUUGAUGCUGAAGAUUGUGAAGACUUUGAUAUAUAUACCGAAGGUGGUUAUGACAAACAUGGUGAUAAACAUGGUGCUAAACAUGGUGAUGAUGAAUGUGAUGUAUGCAAGACUAACAGCUUUUUUGAUACCUGGUGGAGCAAAUUCGAAUCAAAAGACUCUUCAUGGUGGGAAAGUUUCUGGAAGAAAUACGCAUGUGACAAUGAUGAUGGCAAAGAUUUAGAUCCUAAAACCCACCACAACAAAGCAUGGUGGUCACACUGGUGGAGUCAAUACGGAUGGAAAAUACAUUUUGAUGAUGAUUGUGAAUUUAAGGAUCUUUUCAACAAACAUCCUAAACGUGACUUAAUCAAAAGA